AUGAACCUCCAGGAGCUGGGUCUCUAUUUGAGCUUUGUCAAGAUCAUCACAACAUUCACCUUCAGAUUCGCUAUUCAACGAGUACAAUCCGUCAUCCACAAACACACCUAUCGAGCAUCAUCAAACCCGCGCAAUGUGGUAGUCGUGGGGGGUUCCUUUGCAGGAUCCUAUCUUGUACAACGACUUGCCAACACACUUCCUUCCGGGUAUCGAGUUGUUCUUCUUGAGAAACAAUCUCACUUUAACCAUGCAUUUGCGUUUCCCAGAAACUCGGUCUUUUCGGGGCGAGAGUCCAAGGCAUUUAUUCCCUACGAUAACAUCGCUGAUGGUGCGCCGGAGGGCAUCUUCCAACGUGUUUGUGACGAGGCUCUCGAAGUUACGGAAACAGAUAUCGAAAUGGCCAGUGGUAAUCGGUUGAGCUACGAUUAUCUGGUAAUCGCCACCGGAGCCGCUCAGCCACCACCCGCGCGUCUCAAGUCGCGUGAUCGAGAAGGAUGCAUCACGGAACUACAGGGAUUCCAACAACGAAUCAGCAAAGCCGAACGCAUCGCGGUUGUUGGCGGAGGUGCAGUGGGUGUUGAGUUGAUAACGGAGAUCAGAGAGAAGUAUCCCGAUAAGCAGUUGACGCUCAUACAUUCGAGAGACCAGCUUCUGCCAAGAUUCGGAGCAAAGCUACAUGAGCUUGUCCUUUCUGCUCUCCGCGCCAAGAACAUUGAGGUGCUGCUGAAAGAACGACCGGCGUUGCCCGCACAGUCUGGUCAAGCUGUAGGGGAGACACAAAUUGCACUUUCGAACGGCGAGAAGAGGAUCUGGGACCUGAUUAUUCCAUGCACUGGCCUGCGACCUCGAUCUGAUCUUCUGGCUACGUAUUCUCCCAAGAGUAUCGCCUCGACUGGCGAAAUACUCGUCAAGCCAACUCUCCAAGUUGACCGCCUCCCAUCAUCCAAGGGAAACAUUUUCGCCAUCGGUGACGUGGCCCAGUCUGGAGGAGCCAAACAAGGCCGUGCAGCCUUGAUGCAGUCCGAAGUUGUGACAAGCAACAUCGUCAGCCUGAUCAAGAACAGAACACGAAUGGAAGAGUACAAGCCGAUUUACUUUGAGGGAGCCUUAAACCUCACUCUAGGAAGGGAUCUUGUUCUCAUGUAUAUAAAGCGAGGGGAUUUCGAGUGGGUGAAGGAAAUGAAGGGACAUGAAGAUGAGGAUGUUGGUGCUGGAAAGCAGUGGAAGAUGCUGAACGCGAAGGAAGACGCUUGA